GAGAAAGGAAACAAAAAUCUUCAAAUUCAAACGUUUUUUCCCUUUUCUAGAGAGAUUCCCUGUGGUUCUAUUCGAUUCGAUCGGUGAGAAGAUCUAGGGUUAAGUUAUGGAGACUAAAAUGACGAGCCAUGGCCGGAAAGUGGUUCGGGUGGUGGCUAGAGUCAAGCCAUCGACGGAUCUGGUAUCAACGAGAUCAAUAUCGGUUCACAAGCCGAUGGGUGAAGAUUCAGAGACUGUUUCGAUUUCGUUUGGAGCUCAAUUCGCUGGUUCGAAAGAUUCAUAUAAAGUGGACUAUUGCUACGAAGAAAAUGAAACCACUGGUUCAAUUCUCACAAAGGAGAUAAAGCCUCUUAUUUCUACUGUCUUUGAGGGUAAAGAUGCUAAUGUUAUCGCUCACGGAGCUAGAAAUUGCGGAAAAACACAUCUAAUACAGGGAAAUGAGAGGGAGCUUGGUUUAACCGUUCUUACAAUGUCUGAGAUGCUAUCCAUGGCUGAGGAAAGAGGAGGCUCAGUUUCUGUAUCGGUCUACGAGGUGUCUCAAGAAACCGUGUAUGACCUGUUAGACCAAGAGAAGAGAGUGGUACCUGUGAAGUCUCUCUCAGAAUUCCAGAACUUAUAUUUUGGUCUCAAGAAAUCCCAGAAGCUGACCAGUGACCCUCCAGUUAGGAGUCAUAAAGGUGUGAUGAUACAUGUUACCACUGGCAACGCCAAUCCAGGCUCCCUUGGAAGGAUGAACUUUCUUGAUAUGGCAGGAUAUGAGGAUUCCAGGAAACAGAACAGUGCUCUAGCUCCUCUAGAGAUUGCCAGAAUAAAUAAGUCGAUAUAUGCUUUGCAGAAUGUCAUGUAUGCUCUCAACGCAAACGAAUCUCAUGUGCCAUAUCGGGAGAGCAAACUCACUCGAAUGCUGAAAGAUUGUUUAAAAGGAUGCAACAGAACGUUGCUGAUCACAUGUUUGCCCCGGGAAUUUAGCCAAGACUCCUUUUACAUGCUAAACUUAGCAUCACGGAUCUGUCUAGGCAGUAACCGAGCCAUGAAUAAUCCUACUAAGAAGAAGAUCAACGGUCCUGAAAGAUCUAUUUCAUUAUCAUCUGCCGCUCAAAGGAGACAGACACCUUUGACUGUGUCUGCUACUUCUAGAAAACAGACAGUGCUAAGGGGAGAGAGGAAGACUAAAAUCAACACUGCUGCUUCUGCAAUUAAAGCAAGAAAACUGUUCGGUGAAGGAAACGAUUCGGUGAAAUGUAAAAAUAGCUCUAAGAAGAUGGAAGGCAAAGCAAAAAUGGCUAUGAAAAAGGGAAUCUCCACUUCAACGGUUGUCUCGAGCGUUCAGGCCUCUUCACCUAAAGAAGAAAUCUGUUCGUCGUUUACUGUUACAGAUUCUCAAUCUUCUUUGGUAGAAGAGGAAUAUUCUCUGGCUUUCUCAAGCUCUGCAAUAGCCAUAGAACCGGGCUAUUCAACUAAUGCAUCUUUAAGCUCAGAAGCUGUUGACACUACAGAUAAGGAGACACCCCGGAAACAUGAGGAGAUAUUUUCAGGAGCCAUUCAUUGUGAUGAUGCUUUUGCAGACAAAGCACAAAUAGUAGAGAGAGAUGACAACAAUUCAGUCAUUGAAGAAGAUCUGGCUCUGUUUAUUAAUGAAGGUGAAAACCUGGACAAAGAGAACAACAGUGUGCUAGCCAAUGAAACUGCAUCACCACCGCUUAGCAUGCGACUUCAAGAACUAUCAAACAAUUUGAAGUCGAUAUGCAAAAUCUCAAACCAACUAUCAGUACCUGAGAAAUAUCAAACUCCCUUAACUAUAUUACAGGCGGAAGAAGCAUCAGAGCACAGCGAUAUUACUGCUGAAGCUGCUGUCAGUGUAGAACUAAGAACACCAGAGAGAACUAUGCCUUCGAACAUUGGCUGCAGUCCUUGGAAGGCAUAUAGCGCACACAGCUCCAAAUUGAAGAACUCUGCUGUUGGAGAAUACCUCAAGUUCAUAAACACAGCUGGAAAGGAAGAUCUAAAGAAGUUAAAGGGUAUUGGCGACAAGAGAGCAACUUACAUAGUUAAGCUCCGCGAAGAAUCUCCAUUUAAAACGCUUGAUGAUUUGAAAAGUAUUGGACUCUCAGCAAAACAGGUUAAGGGAUUGCUGAAAAAAGAAAUCGGAGAGAUUUUCGAGUAGUCCAAGGACAUUCUCUACGGUUCACAACAAAUGUAUCUGAAAAUAUUUAUGAAGGUUUCUAGAGAUUGCGAGGCAACACGAUGUUGCUUCUAAGAUUUCGAAGUUUCUAUAUAGGAGGCUAAGUUGUUGAAUGUGUAAUGCGUUAUUAUGAGAACUUAAUCUGUCGUUUGUGUGAAUUUGUGUCGUACUGUCCAAAGAUUUGGGUAUUUCGAAGGCAAUGUGAAGUAGU